GUUUUUCUUUUUUGGACUAUGACUGCAUGUGCUAUUUGCGCUGAUUAAUUCGUCCUUGCGCAUUGGCUCUCCUCCUAUGGCGGACAGUGCAAUACAAUCUAAACCUGUAAUUCCAAAAAAGGCAUUUCUUACCCGUAUUGCAUUGAUUUAUCUAAAGUUGCAUAAACCAUUGUGUAACGAGAGGUUCAAAUUUUGAAAUGAAUAAAUAGAGACGGUUUUGCCAUUCGACAAACGAAAUGUUCCCAUGAAGAGUGAUCAAACUACAGACCAUGGUGCUCUACAAUCCAAAGGAGUUCAAUAAGAGUAACGAUACCAAGGAGGCCCUAGAGCUUAUAAAGGCCAAUCCGUUGGGGUUGUUAAUAUCUGCUGAAUCUUCCUUCCUGUCAAAGGAAUCUCAAAUUGAAUUGACCCAUUUGCCUUUCACAAUUCGUUCCGUCUCGGAAGAUGGUUCGGAUAUUGUUCUGAUUACACAUAUGGCCAAGGGGAAUGAUCAAGUUCCGCAAUUGGAAAGUGCGAAGAAAUGCAUUGUUGUUUUCAACAGUAAAUAUGACUCAUACGUAUCUGCUUCUUGGUAUGAGCAAAAGAAAGUCAACCAUAAGAUAGUGCCUACCUGGGACUACGCAACGGUGCAUGCACACGGGGAAGUAAGAAUAGUCAGAGAUGAUAAAGAUUUCACUUUGAAACUGCUUGAGGAUGUUGUGGAUGACCACGAAUCCAACAGACCAAAGGACACUCUGGUAGAAGACGUCUGGAAAGUGAGCGAUGCACCAAAGCCUUAUAUUGAUAUCAUGAUGAAGGGCAUCGUUGGUGUUGAGAUCAAACUUACAAAACUUGAGUACAAGGUGAAGAUGAAUCAAAAUAGACCUAUCGGCGACGUCAAAAAGAUCAUCCAAGGUUACCGGAAUGAAAUUGGUGGAGAGAAGGGGAAGUUUAUGUCUGAAUUGACUGAAACCAGCUAUCCGGGAUUAUGAUUUACUCGGUUUAAGUACAUCCUAUUUAUGUAAUACAUCUUCCCGUAAGGAAAAUUCAAAUGAGUUAUUGAGC